AUGAGUACGGAUCCGCGUCUCUCUUCAGUCGAGACAUCCAGUCAGCGGCGGCGGGUGUCUCAGGGAACAGUCCCGCGCUCGCUCCCAAACACAAUGCGCAGGUGACAAGAAGCGGCUUCCAGGAGUUCGUCUCUGAACCGUGCCGGCUCGAGGACCAGAUCAGCGCUGACUUCGCCGUCCGCGGCGCCGCAGGAAGAUGCUCGGCCUCACCCCACAAGUCCAUGGCUAAAUCAUUAGGGGUACUCUGGAGAAACAGGUGUCGGGGAAGUGACGUCACGAGCCUCGGAAACCGGAGGUGUGCGCUUCGGAGAGCAAGAUGGCAGCGAAAUCCGACGGUCGGGGGGUCGUCACCGGUUUCGCCCAGCUGCACAACCUGGACGAGACGGUGGGGAGCUGCGAGGACGACUCGCGGCAGGGCAGCUCCUUCCACAUCUGCCACUGCUGCAACACCUCGUCGUGCUACUGGGGCUGCCGGAGCGCCUGUCUGCGUUACCUUCUGGGCAAGGGGAGAGACGUCAGGCGGCCACUUCACGCCAGGCGGCCACCUUACGAGAAGCGCCUGUGGUUGGACUGCCUGUGGAUCGUCCUCGCGCUCCUCGUCUUCUUCUGGGACGUGGGCACUGACUUGUGGCUCGCGCUCGACUACUACGUCAAGCAAGACUACCUCUGGUUCGGACUCACACUGUUCUUCGUGCUGGUGCCGUCGGUGCUGGUCCAGAUCCUGAGCUUCAGGUGGUUCGUGCAGGAUUACACGGGGGGCGGCUUAGGCUCCGUGGAGGGUCUCAGCUGCAGCCUGGGCCCAGGGGUGCACGGCAGGGCCAGAUGCUGUCGCGUGUCUGUGUGGGUCUGGCAGACGCUCAUACACAUCCUUCAGAUGGGACAAGUGUGGAGGUACAUCAGAACAAUGUAUCUUGGAAUCCAGAGCCGCAGACAAAAGGAGAACCAGCGACGCUUCUACUGGGCCAUGAUGUACGAGUAUGCCGAUGUCAACAUGCUCCGUCUAUUGGAGACAUUUCUGGAAAGUGCUCCACAGCUGGUUCUCCAGCUCUGCAUCAUGAUCCAGAAGAACCGGGCAGAAACGCUGCAGUGUGUGUCGGCGGUCGCAUCUCUUCUCUCUCUUUCCUGGGUUCUGGCCUCAUACCACAAGCUUCUGCGUGAUUCCCGUGACGACCAAAAGAGCAUGAGCUACCGGGGAGCACUGGUGCAUCUUCUGUGGCGUUUCUUCACCAUUUCUUCUCGGGCGCUAUCUUUCGCCCUCUUUGCCUCAGUUUUCCACAUCUACUUUGGCAUUUUUGUGGUGCUGCACUGGUGUGCCAUGGCCUUCUGGGUAAUCCACGGAGGCACCGACUUCUGUAUGUCCAAGUGGGAAGAGGUGCUAUUCAACAUGGUGGUAGGUGUGGUCUAUGUCUUCUGCUGGUUUAACGUCAAGGAGGGAAGGACCCGAUUCCGCAUGGUGGUUUAUUAUUUGCUGGUGCUGGUGGAAAAUACCAUCCUUACUGCUCUGUGGUACACCUACAGAGACCCGGUCACUACCGACUCCUACGCUGCAUCUGCCCUCUGCGGCGUUUUCCUGUGCUUUGCCUCCGGAGUGGCCUGCAUGGUCCUCUAUUACGGCGUCCUGCAUCCCAUGGGGCCCCGGCUGAGGGUGCUGGCCAGUUCCUGCUGUGCUGAGCUACUCUGGGGCCUCCCCUUACCACCCGAGGCUGAGCCCAUGGCUCCCACUCCGGGGCCUCGGGGCUCCCAAGCCACCCCGACCAGGGGGAUGGCUUCAGGGGACUACAGCGAGCCGGAGGAGGCCGCCACAGACACUUGUCUGCCGGUGUUCCAGGUGAGAUCCACAGAGCCCACCGAUGCGGCGGGUCGGCCCAUCCCCCCCGAGGGACCCCUCAUCAAGAUCGACAUGCCCAGGAAGCGCUAUCCAGCCUGGGAUGCUCACUUUGUGGACCGACGUUUGCGGCGGACCAUAAACAUCCUCCAGUACAUCAGCCCCAAUGCGGUGGGCAUCAGGUACAGGGAUGGACCCCUCCUCUACGAGCUGCUCCAGUACGAGUCCUCCCUGUAAAGGUGUGCGAUGCCGCUCUUUCUCUUCUAUCAUGCCCUCUCUGGUUCUCCACUUCCCUUGGUGCUUUUUUCUUCAGAGUUUUUAUUUAGCUGUGCUCUGAAGCUAUAAGAGUGCAUCUAAAAGAGUCUAAACAGAGAAUAUUCAACAUAUAUUUUGACUAACACAGUGUAGAGUUGGAGAACAAAUAGUCCAAAAUACAACAUUCCCUAGUUUGGGUUACUAUGGCAUGAAUGUUCGACUAAUGUGUAUGUUUGAUGGUGUUUGUGGCCCUGUCGCCUCUGACAUGUGUAUGAUGGGAAUGAUGGAGGAACAUAGUCUUUAGCAUCCUCAUUCUGAUUUUGCUUUUACCAUUUUGUGCCUACGUUUUUCCCAGACAGUUGUGGUGACAACUGAUCUUAAAGAUGGCAAAUGAGUCAAUAUUAGCUAGACCCUAAAAAGCACAUUUGAUUGUCAAAAAAAGCACACGAUGCCCCACUUCUUUUCUCCUUUGAUAAAGGGGAAGAGGCUUGAAAUUGUUGGGAAAGUGCACCAAAAAGGUACAAUCACUUUUCAAAUAAAAUGCAAUGAUGUCAUGUAAAAAUUGGUGUUACAUUUUGGUGACGGCCUACCAUAUUACACUGCCACCACUAUUUUGAUCAUCAAGGGCCUUAAUAUUUAUCUUAACAUGUCUUUUCCUACUGAAUCUAACUAGUGAUGUGAUAAUCUUCAGCUCUGUAAUCUGAGGGAGUUGAAUAUUUGAAUUCUUUACAUAUGGCCCACUAUUUUUUUAACCCAUCUGUAGUAUGUGAGAGCGCAUUUCAAUAUUAAUAAUAAGAAAUGUUUCUUGAGCACCAAAUUCAUCAUAUUAUAAAUGAUUUUUGAAGGAUAAUUUGAUGCUGAAAACUUGAGUAAUGACUGGUAUACUAACGUCUAAUAUAUACCCAAAACUUUUAAACGGUAGUGCAUAUGAUUAUUAUUAUUUUUUUAUAUAUGGCCAACUGAUAUAUUUUAACCCAUUUACAUUACAUGUGAGUGCAACUGAUGAAAGCUAGAAAGAAUAAAAAGGACAUAUUUCCUUAAAUAAGUCCUUCCAUAAAUAAACACACACACGCACAUACAUAAAAAUAAACUACUAUUUUGUCAUAUAAUUUACAAAAUGUGCUUUAUGUGAAUUAACAUAUUAUUUUAUUGGUUUUAUUUAAGGAAAAAUAUUAAGUAAUAUGACUAAACAAAAUUUAAUGAAAUGGGUUACAUCAAAGUUAUUUUUGAGGGUUAAAUCAUGGGUUAGAAAACUGAUCUUUAAAGAAAUAAUUGCUUGUUACCAUUUUUACAUUGUAAUGAUGAACAGAAGUAUUUGCAUUGUGUGGUGCUCAACUCUAACCUUUAGUACUCCUCCAUCAUUCCCUGUACAAAACCGCAUUUUUCUCUCCACUUAAACCUUUUCUUCAGAAAAAGGCUAAUGGUUUCUUAAAAGGUGAAGAACCUUGACACAUUUACAUGUGUAAAUGGUAUACCAUUCGCAUUCAAAAUGUACUAUACUCAUUUUUGAUAAAAGAAAAAGGUUCUUUAUUUGAAUUGUGCAAUAUUUUUUUGAAAAUGUACUUUGAAAUGAUUGGAGAAAAAGGUGUUGCUUUUGCCUGAAAUUAGCUAAGCUUAUACACCACCAUCGAAUGCAUGCCAAGGUUGCACAUAAUGAGAUAUUAUUAGGUUGCCAGGUGCCAACCAAUGAAUGAGGGUUUCUAAUGUGCAAGAUUAUUGAAUUAAACAUCCCAUUUUAUGUUUUUUUUUUUUUUUUUGUAUCCUAUAUACGGUGCACAAACCUGAGGGUUACCUCUGCAAAAAGCCACUUGUUUACCUCCAAUCCUGAGGUAAUUUUCCCCUGAUUUCAUCAGUUCAACUGAGAAUGAAUUGCUCUGUGAGGGCUGAGGUCAUUUUUGUUGUUUCGACGCUUUGUUUAGCAUCCAGGCGAGAUAAAUGCAGAAAUUAACAUGGGAUGCCAAGUUUCACCGCAUGGGCUGCUACAAACCCCAUUUGUGCCUGCUGAAAUUUUCAAAGCAGACUUCAGAUCGGUUGUAGUUGACGAUGUGGAGGGUUUGUUUUGCCAGGGAUGGAAAAGAACAUGAGGAUAGACAAUAGCUAUCAGUGAGUGUGUGUAUUCAUGUGUGUGUAUGCGUGUGAUUUUCGUUUGUAGGUCUUACCUCUUCAGCUCCAUCCUUGGUUGCUGCUCUGACCCCUCCACCCCUCUCAUGCGAGUGUUAUCUAGGAUAUUUGGAUGCAAAGACUAUGUUUCAAGACAACAACUUGGAUUUAUAACCUGGCCAAAGGGAACGGGGGACGGGCAGGUGAUUUCAUGCAAUUCUUAUUCCAAAACAUCAAUAUUCCGUAACCCUUGCAAUAUCAGGUUUUCAGUUUAAGCAAAAGAACGAAACAGCUCCGUUUCCUGUUCCCUGUUCCCUGUUCCCUUCCAGUGCCUAAAAAGUCACCGAUAUUCCACUCCUGUAGGUGCUUGGCACAUUGAUGCACUGUUGUUUGCUGGGAUAUCACCAAUCCUGUUUCACUAUGACGUGUACGACGACUACUCGUUUUUACGGUUGCGUGACUCGGCUGCCUGGCAUCCCAUGAUACGUUCAUAGUCCAAUUACAGAAUCGGUAACUGUUAACGCAUUUGAGGAAAGACAGUUCAGGUGAUAUUUUCAACUACACUGUGAUAUUUUCUUCUAUUAUUCCACUAGCAUGAUGUGUAAUGAUCAACAUUGCCACGUUUGAUCAGAUAUAGGGCGGGAUUUGCAACAAAUUCAACCCUGUACAGCAUGCAUAUAAUUCCGAAUUGGUCCGUUUUAGAUUACUGCCUUACAAGUCAAACAAGUUACACAUCAGAUUAGUUGAUAUUAAAGUCAUGCCGCCAUUUGUAGACGUGGAGGGUGGGAUGGGUAAGUGGGACCAGUCUCUAAAUAAUAUCUGAUUCUUUGUGGUGCCUUGUCUUUUUGGGUGCUUCUGUGUAGCCAUGGCAGCCAGUGCAGCAAACAACAAUGCCAGUGUCUCUAUCUCCAUUCAUAUUUCAUAUACAGCUCAGUACUGUAACAAGCCAGUCAAUUGUGUCCCGUACCCACACAGAAAGUGCUCUCCGGGUAAAUCUUUGCAAAACGAAAUGAUCUGCUUAUUAAAUUAACUUAAAGGCAAUACUUAACAUCUACUUGAAUGUUGGGUUCCACACUUUUCCUGAAGACGAAAUACACAGACCGGUUCCAUUCGACUAUUCUCGAGGGUUUUGUUUAUGAUCGGAUGCGAAAAAGGAAUGAGAUUUGGUUUGUUUGAGUACUAAAUGACAGUUACAAUGAAGUUAGCAAUUUAUUUAAUGAUUGUUAAUGUACUUCUGUCUAUGCCUUCCUCUGUCUUGCAAAACGAAUGAGCUGUAGUGCCAACAAGUUAAUCUUUUCUCUCUGUCGUUUGUCUUGUGAACAAAAAUGUCUAGCCAAAUGGAUUUAUGCCUGCAAAAAAAAAAAAAAAAGAAGACAAAAAAAAAAUGUGUGUAGACCAAUAAGAAUAGAAAAAGUGGGGUACGUAAAAAUGGUGCUGACUGGAUUGAAUAUUUUAACUAAAACCUGAGAUGGCAUUGGACACAUUUUUAAAGGCCUCUAGUGCUGAACCAUCUUCAGACUGCUUCUACAUCCUUUGGAUUCUUAGCAUGCCCACAAAAUGCAUCCUAUGGUGACCCCUCCAACACAUGUGCAUGUUUACUUCAAUGCAACGUCCCACCCAUCGCUCCAGGGUUCUCUACACGCUCAUCAAAUCCAGUUCUGUACAGUGGUUCCACAAUGAUCAGUAUUGAUAUAGAGCCAAAAGUUCUGAUGACGAAACAACCACAAAACGGUGCAUUUUUGUUUCUCGAUCUGGUGCUUAUCAACAUAUUCUAAAGGUGCUACCACGAAUGUGGACCGCAGGACCCCUGUUGUGGCUCACUAAGCAAGGCCACCGUCCGAAAGACCUGCCUCUUUAAGCUCACGGACACUUUCCUCUCUGGAAGAACAAGCACCUCAACACAGUUUACAGCCAAACAUCUCUCUCUGAAAUAUGGUGCCAUUUAUUAUGUUUCAAGCUGUACAAAGAAGCAUUGGUGCAGCAAAUAUGUUUCUUUUUUACUUCAGCCCCGAAUUUCAGUUUAUUUAUAUGUAUAUUUGUUUUUCAAAAAUAUGUUUAGGUAUUUAGAAUCUGCACUAGGAUUUCUCGUAAGAGAAGAAAAGAUGAAAAUGCAUCAUUUUGACAUUCAUCUAUACAGGCCUAAAAGUACUACUGGUAAAAAGGGAUCGCUAAACAUAUAGAAGGUGAUUGCUGUGUUGUAUAUUCCUGUCAUCUCUAUGUCCUAAACCUAUGUGUAUUUCUUCUGUUAUUGUAGAUCUGGCUGUAUAUUUUGUUGGAAAAUGAUCUUAUUAAUGAUUAUGGUUGUCAGAUGAAUUGCUGCUGAUUUUAGAGUUGUUAUCCAUGCUGUUGGAAACGGGUUAAUUACCUGUAAAACAGAUUGUGUUAGAUCGUCUUUGUAUUUCUCACACGGGGUGUUAAAGAAAGAAGGCACAAAGUUAAGCAAAUUAUUUGCUACUAUCUGUAAAACAUUUCUUUUUCAUAACUGACUGUAUUAUUACUUAUGUUGAGAAAAAAAAAACAAGAUUUAUUUGAUGUUGUCAAAUACAAAUGAAAGUAAAUUGUUUUGUUUGAUUGCCAUUAUUUGAGAACAAAACUGAUGUCUGGAAAAUUCAUUAGAAUUAUUUUUGGGAAAAAAUAUUACUAAUACUGACAACAUAUGGUGCUACGGUUGAUUUUGUAAACUUUGGUUUUUAGGUGAAAAAGGGAAUAUCAUACUGACAAAAAAAGAAUACAUUGAGCCUUACUGUAGAUCUAUAUAUGAGACUGUUCAUCACCGAAGACUGGAGAAAUAAGUAUAGUAUUUGAAAGUGAGUACAUAUAUAUACAAAACUGUAUGCUUUAUGUUUAUGCAGAACUUGCCCAAUGACAGAUCAAAGUGGUUAUAUACUAAUGUAUAUGUUCAGAUGUGUAUGUGAAUGUAUACUGAUAUGAUAGAGAUAGAUUUCCCAGAGUAACAAAUUGUUGUUUAAUAAAGAUAUUACAUUA